AUGCCGCUUGCCGAGUCCACCUCUCGCGCUUCGCCUCAGCCGACACAGAUGGAUCUUGAAGGCCACUAUGUAGGUCCCUCAUCUGGCAUAUCAUUUCUCUCCCGAGUUCAGGCCCGGUUCGGGCAGUCGGUAUCGUUUCCUCGCGGCUUAUCCGUCUUCAACUUCGGUGACGCCCCGUUACUUUACCCCGAGGCUCACCUGAAUGCCGGGGACCCUCCGGACCCGACGUUCUCUCUACUGCUAAACCGAGAUGACACCGCCCGUCUUGUUAGGAGAUACUUUGAUUUUGCUGUGCCUGUGGAUCGAUUUUUGCAUCGACCAACCAUCGAGCAAUGGUUCGACGAGUUCUACGAGACCAAGGGCGUAAUGCACGAUAGAAACGCUGCGCCAACCCAGACGGCUGUGCUCUUCAUGGUUUUUGCUAUCGCACAGGAACAUUCGAUUCCUAGCUCGUCCCCAACCGGGGCGGAGAUGAGGCAUGUUAAUACACGGCAUCGGCUUUCCCACCCUCUUGAAUACUGCUAA